AGCAAAGCGAGCAUCACCGAAUAAUGUUAUGUGCGCGCUUGAAGCUGAGGCGAAGCGAAAAUCUCGCAAAUCGCGACGGCCCCAGUAAUUUCAGCCUAUAAAAUACCAUGGAUGCCAUGGCUUUGCGUCAUACACCACAAAAAAUCCCAUAAUGUUCACUUCCCGCUUCGUCGUCCUUGCCCUGCUCACCUUCCUCGCUGGCGCCAACGCGGGAUGCGCAACGUGUGAAGAAACUUUGGAAGUUGACGGUGUAGCGGCCUACAAGCUAGUCAGCAGCUCCGUGGAUUCCAAGAACGGGUUCACAGUUUGCAACUACGCGGAUAAGAAGGGUGGCAAGGUGGCCUGCGAGUAUCAUACGGACAGUGGCCUUUACGAGGGUGGGGAUGACUUGUGUCCGCGUUUGUCAAGAAUGGAUACAUAUGGGUGUUGAGAAGGAUGGCUCAACGGGAGGAAUAAUGUUGGUCUGCAACAGCUGAGCACAUAUAGUAGAUUUCAUCCGUUACGAGAAUUCCCUUCAUUAAUGUCUUGCCUUGACCAACCUGCGAUAUUCAACCUUAGUGAGC